AUGAGCAGUAGUGCCUCGUCCUCCACAGCCGGAAACAGUGCAGCUGGUACUGCACCGAACCAAGCAGGCCAGCCAGGACGGAUGGCAAACGGUGCCGAUGGCGGUGGCCACGGGAACAGUGGGAGUAGUGGCACCGAAGGAAGCGUGCUGGAAAAGCAAGGACCUCCUGGUGGGGGUCCUGGUGGUGUAGGGCACACCAGAACCGACCCGGAUACCUCUUCGCCUGCCCAUCAUCGAAGCAACGGUGGAGGGACGGUAGGGGGGACGGCCAAUACCACCGGGACGGUGCUGCGAAGGAAGACGAACGUUUGUCUCAUUUGCGGUAUCUACACGAAUCUGUCGCUCAACAUUUUCGAGCCCCGAAACGGACCAAACAUUGUGGACGUGAUUUACGAAAAGUACAAAUUUCGGGCCGAACGUGGGGAUAACGCGGACAAGCACAUCUGCUUUAGCUGCAACAACUGGCUUAUCAAUUGGUACUCGCUGCAGAACACUUCCUCCGGCAGUUCGCGAACGUACGAACCGGCCCCGUCGACGAGCCGAUCGUCAUCAGCUGCCGACAGCAGUAACAACAGCCGGCAUGGACGGCACCAUGGCCACAAACCACGAACGAAAGCGACCCUCGAUCAUUCUUAUGCCAUCGACACCUCGUCCUCAUCGUCUCGUCAUGAUAAGGAAAAUCGGCAAGAAAACCCUCGAUCCUCGUCGGAAAACCUACCUCGACGUGGGCGGCAAUUCGCUUCAUCGUACGAACCGGAUCAGCACGGUCAAGUGUCCUCGACGACGCACUGUCCCGGUGAAGCGCAGGAAAAGCUUGUCCAUCCGUACCAUCACGUUCAUCCCUACUCGAAAAGGGCGAGCGAAAUUGCCUCAAGCAACCGGCGAUCGGUUCUGAAGGAGCGAAACGGCCAGCGGAAUGAUUUAUCGCUGCCGCAUCACCGCCGUAAGGGCAGCUCCGAAGGUGGAAAGGACGAUAUCGCUUCAGAUAUGGUUUCCAGCAGCACGGAGCAAGGCUUUGAUGCGUACACGAUGCUAGUCAAACCGUUCGAAAGUCAGCUCAUACGAAUGCUCGAAGGCCAGGGUACGAGUGUGACGAAAGAACCCAUUCCACAAAUCGGCGCUGAUGAGCUGCAGGAUCGUGCUGCUCGUGAAAAAGUACCCUGGCAUCCUCGUCACACAAGGAUGAGGAGCGAUCGGAAUGGGAACAUUGCCCAGAUGAUGGCCCAUCCGUACGAGGACGGUAGCAAAGAAAUAGUGUUAAGCUUCGAUUCUGCCCUCUCGGAGGUGAUCGAUGUUGUGCCAUCGCUAAAGGCGAUGCAAUCUUGGCGCACCGAUUGCUCCACGAACGCGAACGACACCGAGGACACGCCAGCGGACCCUGUGGGACCCUUGCGGCAACAAUUAUGCUCCGGUGCGCUGUCCGUUUCGAUUAUCUGCAACGCGGACAUGCGUGCAGGGAAGAACGAUUAGAAAGGCUUGCACAUCCACCCGGGCAAAUGUUUCGCGAUUGUUUCAGCAACUCUUUAUUUUCAUUUGUACGAGCAAACGUUCAAUUUACCAGCGACCUGCAUACGCGCGGAGAGCUAGCGGAUGGAAGCAUUUGUUACUAGUUAAAUCCCCAGGCCGCAAAGAUAAUCAGUAGUUAUCGCAUGUUUAUCGCCCGCGUUGUUACACGUGCUUUUAGUUAUGAUCAAUCGUUGAAAUUUACAUGGUACCAAAAACAAGAGAGAGAGAGAGUACACGAAGCGCAAAGCAGCGGUUAGGAAGCGAAUCAUACUUAAGAAUGAGAUAUCCUUCACUUUCGCGUGAUUGUGAAGAAGCUAUCCAUGAUGCAGGUGUUGCGUGUAUAUCAAAACAAACGUAGUAUUAUUGUAAGCUAAUUCAUUUGUUUAAAAAGUGCCCACUCGGUGGUGCUCGACUGUGUAUUUAGGUUUUAUUUUACUAUAUUAUAACUCUUUAUUUUUCAUUCUAUGUCAGCGACGCUCCCCGAUGUGCAUUGCUUUGCUUUAGAGUUUAGAACACUUGGAUCUCAUUUUCGUCUUCACUAGGGAAGAGUAACGAUACCUCAAUUCAUGAAAGCAAGACAAAAAAAAACAUUCCCAAAAAUCCACAAAGUUGUAGGAAGCAGCGGAAACAACAAACUACAUUUUUCUACAAACACACAACACUUAGUUUUAUACAAUGCUUUAACGACGGUUAGAAUAGGGAGAUGUAUAACGACAUAAAUAUUACAUGUGCGGUAUUUGUAAUAUUGACGAUUCCUUGCGCAGCCAUCAAAGCCGAUAGAAGCCUUGCUUUACAAAAGGGGAAAUGUUAAUUAAAAAAUAUUUCUUGUUUACCCGAAUCAAAAUAUCACGCUGGUGAUACAUACGUUAGGAGGCGUUUUAUUAUUUCAUUCAUUUUCGUCAUGCCGCAUUCUUUGUUUCAUCAUAUUUAGUAGCGUUUAUAUACGAGACACAAGAAUCUGUGUCAUAGUAUUUCAUACAGCCAGGCACCAGAACCUUAGCCUUACAGUGAUGAUAAACAUGGUGUAAAUGUGAUACCAAACUUCACUAACGGGCGGCA